AUAAGUGCGUUGUAGACUGUAGAGUCCUCGCUUCAUAAGCCAAACGAGAACGCUUAUUACGACAUUCGCGCUGGCUUUGCAGAGGGACAACACUCCCACGACCACCAACCGGCAACCGUGGCAGGUGGCAUAAGGAGAAUACGCAUGCAAACACCACAAAGGUCUCUCAAGCCUAAACAUCAAGACGUGAGAUACAAACACCACAAAAAACUAAACACCCCAUUCAUAACACUAUCCUAAGCCAUUCCCUCCCUCCAAUAGGGCCGUUAACACGCUUAACACAAAUAUAGACGAACACACCCGUACUCACACAGAAAAGCAAACAUGUAAUACAUUGGCAAUCAAACUUUAGUAAUUUAAGGUGGGGAAGAACUUAUAAGUAAAGGUAACUGAGUUUUACACACGAAUCAACGAAUGAGCACCUGAGAGCAGUAACCAUGACCAAUUCAAUUCAGAACUCCGAUCGUAAAACAACACAAGCCCACAUGAAAACAAAACUGGUGGAAAUAAUCAGGGUAACUCACCACAAACCGCACCCAUGAGACCAAAACAAAACAAACAACAUAGAGACACAGAGACAAACAAAAAAUUAAAUAUUCCAACAAAGCAUCCAAACAGGCCAAGAACAGUACGACCACCCCAAGAAAACAUCUGUGUUGAGGUUUAUUCCCCUCAACCCGCAGGCCCAACACGUAACCUAGGGGUUUCGAAUGGGUGGAAAGCAAAACAAACUCACUAAACAACGGGGAGUGGGUUAAUAACUGUAUUUUAUUCACUUUAACGAUUACAAGCCAAAGGGCCGAAUGUACUGAACUAUGCUACGUGUUGUUGAUGCUAUUACAAUUCUAGAGUGACGAAGUGCGAACCCUUUACAAUGAAAUAAAUGCGACUAUUUAUAGUAUCCCAUGGUGGUGGUGGGGGCUGACGUGGCCGGCUGUGGGCGACAUGAUCCCAACUACCAAAUCUCCCGCAUUAAAUGCGCUUCCCGCCAAGAUCUUGGUUUCCCGCCAUAGCGUGGGGGACGUCCGUCCCCUAAACUGGACUCAACCCUCUGGUGGCAACCUGGGCCCUUAAGUAUAGUCCACAAGACGUACGUCCCCUGGCCCUUGGGCCCUGGGGCUUGGUCCUCCGGUUGGUACGUACGUCCUCUGGCCCUCGGGCCUUGAGGCCUGGCAACGAUGGAACGUACGUCCCCUGGCACUUGGAUCUCGAGGCCUGGCCAUGCUGGGCUACGUACGUCCUCUGGCCCUUGGACCCUGAGGCCUGGCUAUGCUGGGCUACGUACGUCCUCUGACUCUUGGACCAUGAGGCCUGGCUAUGUUGGGCUAUGUACGUCCUCUGGCCCUAAAAUGAUCAUAAUCAAAACACUGUCUAUCAAAACAAUUUCAAUUAUCCAAAUAUCUAACCUACUCGAACUAAAAUAAAAACAAGUAGUACUAAAGCAAAAAUAACACUGUAAUAAAGUCUUCACAAAACUCUUUCUAACACGAAGAUGGGUCCGGAGAAGGCCGAGCUACUGCAACAUGGGUGAAUAUUAAAUUCUUCUUCUUAUUUCGUUCCGAACAGACUUAUAUUAGAAAAUAAGAUGAUAUAAUUGUUCGUUAUUUAUAAAAGAACAAAUGUAUUGGCCAUAUAGAUCUUUAAUAGAACAGCGUUUUGCAACAAUGCAUAAAUAAAAACAAAAAAAUACAGUGAAUAAGUAAUUGGAAUAAUGCAAUAAGGUUAUUGAUGGAGAAGCCUAUACUAAUUUGUAAGAAAAUUAUAAUGCUUUUUUAACAUUAAUGAGGAGGUGGGAUGCCUAUAAAUCUUUUGGGGACUAAAUAUAACUACCCACAUCCUCAUUAUAUGUUCCUGGUUUUACUCGAAAGCAAGAAUUUAAAAGGAUGUGAAGUCGUGAAGAUAUGCUCUGUUUACACCCCCGUGCAACGUAUGAGUGGAAAACCAGUAGGUUGUAAAAUUUGAGGUCAUUGUCACCGGUAGGCAUGGAUUGGGCCGGUUCGGCCCGACCCGGUACUCAGCCGACACGCUACUGUGCGGGCCCGGCCCACUAGGACCGGGACCGGGGACCCGAACCGGGGGUAUUAUGGGUGGACUAUGGGCAGCUGGAAAGGUGGUCCGGUCCGGGCCUUUUUUGUUUUUUUUUUGGUUUUUUUACAUUUUAAAAUUUUUAAAAAAUCCUGUCCCGACCCGGUCCCAACCCAGGCCGGUACCGGGCCUGGUCCAUCUCUAGUCACCGGAAGUUGAAGCCUCUCGCCGAAUCCAUGAAACCUGUAGCCAUGGGUGAGAAAAAGAGGACGUGCAGCUCUAGCGUAGUAACUGUAGUGCGGCGGAGCAGGUGAACUACUGCGGCGAGAUCUAAGGAGCACCACGGCAUCAACGUCUCUCUCACAAGCAGCGACAAGGGAAUGCACAACAGAGCAGCGGAGGCGGUGACUAGUGUGCAGCGGAGGCGGCGACGCACCAUCAAGACAUCAACAUAGGCAACAGGAUAGGCGGUACCGCGAUAGCACGAGAGUAGCGACGGCACUCCUGGUUGUCCGGUUAGGAGUGUAAAUGAAGUUUGAAUGGAGCUUAAGCCUCAAGAUGGAGCUCGUUGGCUUGAUGGGCACCUGCGAACUAUAAACAAAGACACAACGGAAAAAAGCUCAAGGGUAUUCUAGACUAUUGAUUAUGAAUGGAUCACUUUUGUUUUCUUUUUUCGGAUUAGGUCCUAUAUUUGUCCAAUUAAAACUCACACGUAUGAUUGGUGUAAUUGUUUCAUAAUAUAAAGAUCAUCAUCACCUUUCAAAUAAAUUUGCUUACUAUUCAAAAUAAAGUAUUUACCCUAAAUAGGAGUAAAACAAUAAAGAAGUUCCAAAUUAGGAGUUCAUGUUGAUUUAUUCUCCAAAUAGGAGUUAACUAUUUGAUCGUGCAAUUUCUUUUCCAAUUAUAACUUCUUUUGAAUUUUUCCGCGUCAGUCUUAUCCUCCCACCAUCUCUCUCCUCUAUCUCCACUUAUUUCUUUUUUUCUCCUGCCACACGCAUCACUUGCACGUUCUCUUUCAAUUCAUCAUUGUAAGAGCACUAGCCCUUCUUCUUCUACUGUUACAAAUUAAUCUUUCUCACCAACUCCGAUCAAGAAUUCAAGAACGUCGAUCAUCGCAGGUAUCCCCGUCUCCAUGGUGAACGUGAAGGGCCUCGCUCGCCUGAAGAAACAGGACCCGAAGGGGUCGGGACAGGGCAGCCAGAAGCCCGCCACUGCCCUUUUCAAGAAAGCCGAGGGCGAUGCUGCUGCCGGCAAGAGGAAGGCGGCGACCAAGGGGUCCCCCCCGGCUACCAAAAAGCCGAAGAAGGGGGAUAUCGCCGAGAAGGAGCCCCCGGUCAUCAUUGCUGAUGAGCACCCCGCCUCCGGGGUGCAUGUGGAGAAGCCGUCGGGUGAAACACCGGCGGGGACAGAGGAGUUACUGCCUGAGGUCCUCCAAGUUUCGUUCCCGAGGGGGACAUCCCUGGCCAGCGGCGCUGUUGACCCGGGGGCCAUCUUGAGGGGCAUAACCCCUGAGACUGAUAGGGCUGCCCUCGGGGCCUAUAACAAUGCGGCCCUCGAGGACCACAUUCUCCGCUCCUCCCUUUCUGCUUGUCUAGCCCUCGGUGAACAUGCCCGGAGGCUUCAAGAAUGGCGCCUCCAUAAAGCAGAGCAGGACGCCAAGAUGAAGGAAUGCAUCCUCAAAAAUAAAGAGGCGGUGAAGCUGGGGGCCAGGCUGGAAGAGGAGCUUCGGCAAAUGGAGCUGAGAUUGGAGGCCGCAGAGAAGGGCAAGGCUGAUGCUGAGACCGUUGCUGAGGAGGCCAGGAGAGCUGCCAAAGAGGCCGAGGACUCCAAGGCGCUAGCCGUCGCCAAGGCUCGGGAGGAAGCCGUUGAUGCCUUCGUCGCCGAGGGCUGGAGGGCCGAGGGACGCAAGAUGUGGCUGUCCUCGGUCGUGGAGGCAUACGUCGAGGAAUGGGCCGAGGGCCCCGGGUGGGAAUGGAUGGCCCGGAAGGGCAGAGAAUAUUAUGAGGCCAGCGAAUUCUUCACCCAGGCCCUCAUCUACCGGAGGAUGGCUCGGCAUUUGGGCAUUGAGCAAAAGGAUUUCUCCCCCUCGGCGUAUGGCCUUCCUCCCCUGCAGCCUGAUGUCCGUGAGUCGCUCCUGGAAGGUGUACAGAGGCCCGACCUUGAGGACACGGAGUUGAAGAAUGAGGCCGAGGACGACGCUGUCGAGGCCGGAGCGGAGGCAUCAUCGAGGCCGGCUGCAGAGGGCACCCCGGUGAAUGAUGUUGUUGUAGUUGUAGCGUGAUUUUGUACUUAGAAAUCCUUGAACAUAUUUUGUAAUGAACAACAUUGAUCCUUCGGCUUCGGCCUGUUUGUAAAUUUCACACUCACUUUGUUUUUGAUGAAUGCAUGAUGCCCCCGGGCUCUUU